AAGUGUCAACUUUCUUCAGGCUGUUUUAGUGAUGCAUCUUGAUGAAAGCGACCCAGCACAAGAAACAUUUUCUACAGGAGAUGGUUUUGUUGAUGCGUCAAAAUGUGACGAGGAUGCGUUUGAAGUAGGGUAUGCAAAUGCAGUAAAUGGAGAGCUUGUUGUAGAGGUGUCUAAAGGAAGUGAUUCGAAAUGUACAAGAACAUAUCUCCUAACAGGCAACCUGUGCAUUACAAAAGUGACAGAGAAAAGUAAGCAAACGUCUGAUCUAAAAGGAAAAUAUAAGGCAUGUUCUCUGUCUAUCCAAAAAGUGGAACAGGGAAAUAUGGUAUGUGGAUUUGCUGAAAUUGGAAAAAUCAUCAGCCUAAGACUGGAAGAGGUUGCAUUUGAUGUUGAUGAUGCAGACUUUGAUGAACCUCUUAAAGAAAUAAAUGAAAAAAAUGUUGAUCCACUAGAUGAACCUGUAUAUGAUAAACCAGAUGACAUAACAGAAGAAGAAGAACAACUGAAGGAAGGAGUAGAUGAUUACAUCAGCGACAUAAUAGAUAUCUCAAAGCAUGCCCUGGAACUAGAAAAACAGAUUGAACCACUUGAUGAAGCUGCAGAAAAACAACUUGGUGAAGCAAAAGAUGAUGAUGAACAGCACAGAGAGAAGGAAGUGAGUGCUACAGCUUGCAGUAGUGAAGACCUUAAUGAUUAUACAAGGAGCACAAGUGUGAACUCCACUCCUAUCACAAAUUCCCCAAAACCAGGAUGUGAAUGUUUUGAUAUGGAUGAAAAAGAAUCACUGACAGCUGAGGCUAAAAAAUCUUCAAAGAUGGUAACUGAUGUCUCCACAUCCUUCCACGAUGACUAUGACCAUAUACACAAAAGAGCAGAGAAAAAUCUUAGUGAAUUGAGAAUGGUUCCAGGACACUGGCUUGAGUUCAGAAAUUAUCGAGCCAGAAUGAAGAAAGUCCAUGAUGAACUUGUGAAAAGGAGUGAUCAAGCUCGCCACUCUGACCUUUGGGGACAAGUUGCACGCCAAUGUAUGUGGAAACUCCAUUGGCCAGAGUACAUGAAACAGAUCAGGCAAGAGCAGGUUGAAAGAACUAGAUAUGUUUUGAACACAAUUGAUAACAAGAAGCUUAAUGGCGUCAUGUGGAAAUGGGCAAAAACACAAAUUGCCCUUCGGAAUCAUUUCAUAAGACAUAUGAAAAACUCAGCAAAAGUUGUGGAAGAACACUAUAAAUCUAAAGGGAUUGUAUAAUACAAUGUAAUAAUUAAUUCCCAUAAUCAGUUGAUCUUGCAGAAGAUAACUUAAAACAUCAAGUCUCUGGGCACCCCCUCCCCUCCCUGUUAUGGAAUGGGGGGGGGGGGGGGGCACAGGGACUUGAUGUAGCAGACUUUCCUUAAGUGUAUGGCCAUCAUGGAAAUUCUCUCAAUAUUAUUUUUUAAUGAAAUAUUUGCUCUAAAUUAGAGAGCAACUUUUGAAUAAAUGCAUAAAACAUACUGGAUUCGUUAUAGCUCAGUGUGUUAGUCAUGAAUUUAGACUGAACUUCAUGUCUGCAGACUUGUUCAUUAAGAUGUAGAUUAUAUUUGCUUGCAGAUCAGAUUGUAAGUUGCUAUCUAUAUUCAAAAAUUUAUUAACUAAUGACAUUGAAACACUGGAGACUCCGAUGCAGCUACUUUAGAAUUAGAAAAUAACCUUUGGAAUUUGAAAAUCUUCAAUUAGAAUAUGUUGAAUUAUGCAAUUUGCAGCAUAGAAUGAUACAUUGACCAUUGGCCAUUAAAAUAUAUGGACACUUGCUUCAAACCAAGGAAUGAUACAUUGACCAUUAAAAUAUAUGGACACUUUUGAAUUACAUAUGUCAAGAACUGAAAUUCAACUGAUUAAUUUUUUAGAGUAUUUAUUUUCUAUUUACACAUUACAUAAAAUAUUUCCAGUGUAAAAUCAUACGUGAUGAUGCAUGACAAAAUCACAGGUUGGAGAGUUGCCACCUAACCAGUGUUUUUGAUUGUGCACAAACAAGAACUUCUUGCUAAAGACAGAAAAUAUUAAAUUUUCAUUGUUAUACUAAAUUCACCAGGCUGAAACUGGGAUAUUAAAAAUUGACUUUAAAAAUGUUAAACAAAAAUAGAUGGCUCUCACUUCAAAAGUUUGCUUUACGUUUUGCUGUACAUCUCCAUUGUAUUAAUAUUGGUACUCUGUGAUGUCACACAACAAAAUGCAAAAAACUUUUGAUAUGCGAGAAAUGCAGAGGUCUAAAAGUAUGAAGUCUUUUUGGCCAAAAAUAUGCCUUUGAAUUAUCCACCAUCUACAUUUGAAUACGUUGAAAGGUUAAAAAAUGUAUUAGACUGAUGGAUGGAUAUCCAGACAAAAAG